AUGGCUAAGAGAAAGGUUAAGCGAUCUGUUGAGCAGAGGCAGGUCAAGCGUCAAAAGGAGGAGGACUCCAAGCUUGACUUUGGCGUUUUCAAGGAGUACGACGGAGAGUCUGAUGUGUCUUUUGAUGAGGACGAAGAACAGGAUUAUGAGCUCCGUCCUAGGCAGUUCAAAGAGGAUCAGAAGCUCGAGGAAGGGCUGCCCAUCAAAAUGCCUGAUGGAACAUUCAAGAAAGUCUUGAAGCAAAAGGAGGUGGAGCCGGAAGAGUCGUCGGAGUCUGAGGAGGCGGAACCAGCACAGCACAGCUCAGAGGAAUCUGAAUCUGAAUCUGACCAAGGAUUGACUCCACAGGAAAAGCUGGUCAAGACCAAGGAGGAAAUCGCACGCAUUGCAGAACAAAUAAUGGAGGACCCAGAGGAGCAUGUGAAGCUUCUUGCCAGAUUGCGAAGGAUGGCUAAUUCGAAGAAUCCAAACACGUCUAAGCUGUCUCUUCUUGCCGCCGUUCCAAUAUUUAAAAGUAUUGCCCCAGCCUACCGUAUACGGCCGCUCACAGAAAUCGAAAAAAAGCAAAAGGUCAGCAAGGAUGUGGCCAAGCUGCGGUACUUUGAAGAAACACUUGUUUUCGAGUACAAACAUUACGUUGAUCUGUUGACUCAAAAAGCGAGGGUGGUUUCUACGACGCCAAAAGCCACCGAGCUAGACAAGCAGUUGGGUAUCCUGGCUAAUAAUGCAGCAUGUGAAUUGGCCCUUGCCUUACGAUUCUUCAACUAUAGAAAGGAGCUUUUUCAAAUUGUGGUCAAAAGGGCCGUCAGAAAGCCUGCUUCCGAGUCUGAAUUCAAAGUAUACGAGCGAAGCAUCCAGACCAUGGAAGAACUUUUCAAGGAGGAUGCUGACCAUGGAGACAUCUCGGUGGACCUAGCAAUUCUCCUGAAUCGUGCUAUUCGCACGAGGGAGUACAAGGUCGACGAAAGUGUCGUCAACGUUUUCCUGGCAUUGAGCAUUUUGGAUGACUACGAUCCAAAUUCAAGCGAGGAAGAAAAAAAACUAAAACUCAAAAAGAAAGAUAGAGUGCAUCUGUCCAAGAAGGAGCGCAAACAACGUAAAGAACGCAAGCAGAUCGAAAAAGAGCUCAGGGCGGCCGAGCAAGCAGUCAGUGCAGAAGAAAGAGAAAGAAAUCAAGCACAGGUACUAAAGAUCUUGGUUACGCUAUAUCUCGAGAUCCUUAGAGCCAGACCUGAAAAGCUGAUGGCUCCUGUCCUGGAAGGUCUUGCCAAGUAUGGAUACCAAGUGAACAUUGAUCUUAUUGGCGACUUCCUCCAGAUCCUGCGCGAGAUCUGUGAGAAUUUGCUGCAAGACAUCAACGAAGAAGGCAACUUUUCUAGCACGAGUAUCAGACAGAUUCUGCUUGCAAUUGUCACGUCCUUUUCGCUGACCGCAAACUUGCCAACCAAACGAAUGUCUGUGGAUUUGAACAAAUUUGUACAGUAUUUGUACACGCUGUUGCCAACGCUUGCGCUAGAUGCAGAUCUUGAGUUUUCGCACAAGACGCUUCGUCUGGUCGACCCUCUCGCCGCAACACAAUAUCGUCCGAACGUCAACAUAGCCACCAAGUCAGAGCUACUCCUCAGGUGCUUGGGCUAUGUAUUUUUCAACUCCAGAUCAGGGUCAGGAAAAAGAUCCAUAGCAUUUACCAAGCGCAUUUAUCCUCUUCUGCUGCAGGUGCCAGAAAAAACUGGUAUCGCAGGCCUCAAAUUCGUGGACAAGCUGAUGGCCAGAUACGAGGACAUUAAAGGACUCUACACAACUGAAGACCGCAUUCAAAAUGGAGUUUACCAUGCCGAACAAGAUAAUAUUGAACUUGCAAACGCUGAUGUCGCCGUCAUCUGGGAAAACGUGCUUCUUGAGUCUCACUAUUGUCCAGCAGUGGCUGCUGGGGUCAAAGCACUGAUGAAGAAGGCUAAAUAA